CAGCAGGCUGCCACCAUGUUGCCGUUAGCGGGGCUGGGCCAGCCCAACCUGGACCUGCUCCUCCAGCAGCAGCAGCAGCAGCAGCAACAGCAGCCGCAGCAGUUCCCUCCGCUUCCAGACGGGCUCUCUCUGGAAAAGGCCGCGGGGCUGUCGGACUCUCUGCUGCCGGGCCCGGGGCUCCUGGAGGCCCUCCAGGCUGUGUCCCCCUCAGGAGAGGGAGCCCUCCAGGCACUGCAGUCGCUCCUUCUCCCUGCACCUCUCCCCCCUCCCGCCUUCCUGUCCCUCAGCCCCGCCCUGUUAGCUGCUGCCCUGGGUCCUGCCGACCCCCCGCCCGCUUCCCAGCAGCCCCUAACACCCCAAACCCCACAAGCCCCUACUCAGGUGACUCUGUCCAGCUCGUCUCUGGGCUCUACCUCUGUGUCCUGCUCCCCGUUGAUGCCCAGUUGUGCCCCAGAUGUAGCUGACGCCUUGACGACCAUGUCAGGCCAGGGCAAGAGCAACUCCCUGCAGCCCCAGCUUCUGCCCCCACUGCUGGCUCCUGGGGUGCUGGGUGACCUGGCAGCUCUAGGCAAUAUCAGCAGCCUCAACAGCUUGAUGGGGGCUGGACCUCUGCUGCUGCCGCCUAUGCAAGCCCCUGCACUGGGGAUGCCUCUUAUUCAAGGCCAGGCGGCUGGUCUCAACCCACUGGCCUGUCUGCUCAACAGCCUGCAGCUCAACAUGGGUCCUGCCCUCGGUCUGGGAGGGGACAAGCCAAUUGGCAUGCACGAAACCAACAGCCCUGCUCCCCAGGAGGACAUUUCAGCCAAUCAGCUUGCCCAGGAGCCCGUGCCCAACCCUGGCCACGCCUUAGGGCCUCAGCAGCAGCGAGAAGGGCCUGCGGGGGGUCUCCUUGACCCCUACAGCUCCUUCAUGGACACCAUCUACACCUCUUUCCUCCAGGUCAGCGGGAAAUCUCCCGAAGGGGUUGCGGGCCAUGCCGUGGGAGGUACCCACAGCCCCUUACCCCCCUCCUUCCCCGGGGACCCCCCUGCCCCGCUGGCCCAGCCGAGCGCCCCUCCCUCCCUCAGCCCGCGCCGCGCCUGCUCUCUGCGGAACCCCGACCUGUCCCGCCUGAGCAUGGAGGCCGCCCAGUCCCCGGCGCGGGGCACGCCCAAACUCAGCGAGGACAGCUCCUCCACGCCGCCCCCGAGCAAGCCGGGGGCCGCGGAGGGCCACAGCGAGCCCCCGCCCGCCUUCCUGGAGGAGGCCAAGACGGACUGCUCCUCCAUCUGCCCCUACAGCAACGGGCUGCUGUCACACCCGGCGUCCGAGGGGGAGGGAGAGGGGCGGCCCCAGCCACAGGCGUACCUCAGCCCCACGGAGGCUGUCAAUGGCACGGGAGAGGACCCCACAGCUCCCCAGGACACAGGAGAAGGGAGAGCGAGCUUUCAUGGACCUACAGUGAGAACAGGGGGAGCGAGGAGAGGCAGGAAAAGGAAACAAGUGCUGCCAAGGGGACCAGACACCUCCAGGGACACGGUCACCGGGGUUACAGAGGAGCCACGAGCCACUGCGGCGCUGCAGAAGCCGGAGAGGUCAGUGAAGAGCAAAAGGAGGCGAGUGUUCAGAUAACAACCACUCUGACUGACCAGGACGCCCACGUUCAUGUACCCUGCCAACACCAGCACUAAGGCACCCGUUCGUCACCCCCGCAGAGUCAUCACGGGUCCGAGCUAGAGGGCUGAGGAAGACUCGGACACAUUCUCACCUCUCAUUUCCUCCCAAGGCCUGCCCUUUUCUCCCUGUUCUGUGGUUUUGCAGCAAACCUCUCCAAAGCAUGAUGUCAAAGGCCGUUGUGUUAGCGUAAAUGUGUGGUGUGAAGGAGUGGCAGUAGCAGACGUGGUCAGAGACAGUUCGGGCAGGCAUCCACC